AUGGAUUCCCCACUCCAACACUCCAAGUCCAGGGGUUUUGUCUCCAACACGGAGCUGAGCAUGAAGCAAGCGGUGCCAAGAGCCCCGGGGCCCGAGGGCAGGUCCUGCUUCCAGAAGGUCUCACUGGUGUCACGGCGGCUGGAGAACAGCAGGAGCACGGGGGGUCGGGAAGGGAGUCCUUCCCGCGUCUCCCUCCUGCUGCAGGCCUGGGAAAGGGAGAUCGUGGAAAAGGCAGCAUCCAGCCCCACCACCCUGACACACCGGGACCGCUCCCCCUCCUCCUCUUCCUCCUCCUCCAUCAACCUCAAGGACUUCAGCACCCACGGUCCCAUCUUCUCGCAGGUGUAUUCCCCGGCGCAAAAGCCGCGGCGUCAGGACGAGAGGGGGAAGGUGGAGGAUGGUGUCCCCCCACCCGUGGGUGCCCCCCGUGACACUGGGGUGCACCGGGAGAGCUACGUGCACGGCACCCUCCUCCCCAUCCGUUCCGCUAAGCACCACAGUGGGGGUCCCGGGGCCGGUUCUGGGGCAGGUCCCGGGGCAGGUCCUGGUGCUCCGUGCGUGGCCGAGCCCGGCUGCGUCUCCGGGCUGCCCAGAGCCAGGCAGGUGACGGUGCUGCGGACGGGCAGGGACACGGCCAGGUCUGAGCCAGGGCUGGUGGGGGGACGGGAAGCCCAAAAUAGGGUGCACGACACUGCUGGUGCCACCAUGGCGCCGUCACAGAGCCAGGAGCAGGACAGCAGUGGCUUCACUGCAGCUGUGGUGGGCAGUGAGAGCUCGCCGGGCACUGUGGAGACCCCUGAGCCCCUGGCUGAGGCAUCCCCCGGGGAGAAAGAGUCACCACAAGCUGGAGCUGCACCGCAGAAUGCAACGCCAAAGGAUGGUGACAGCCCUGGGGACCCUCAAAGCAUCAGAGCCAGCUGCCCACAGUGUCCCUCAGAGGACACCGGUGGCCAGGCUGAUCCAGCAGGUGUGGGAGAGGGAAGCAUGGCUGAUGGGGAUGGCACUGGUUCAGCCAUGUCACCGAGGACAAAAAGCACCCCCGGAGCUGAUGGCACCCCUGAAAACUCCUCCUUGGAGCUGAGUGAUCCAAAGCCCUCAUCUGAACCACCAGCGCCUCCAAAGGCUGAGCUCGAGUUGGAGGGGGGCAAGAAGCUGGAGAACCCCCAGGGCACAGUCCAGAGUUCCCCUGAGAGCAUCCCAGAGCCCUCCUCUGAGCUCCCAGCCCCUGAUUCCCGGUCUGAAAGCCCCCUGUCAGCCACUGAGGAGGACCCUGAGCUGCUGGUGGACAUGGAGAUCUUUGUGGACACGCUCCGCAACAUGGAACCCUCAGAGAUGCGGAAGGCGCCCAAAGCCCCACGCCAGCCCCGUCCCUCGUCCCUGGGCCGCUGCACCCCUCUACCCCCAAUACAGGAGGACCGUGUGGCCCCCCGGGGCCCCCUCCCCCUGCCUGAGGCCCUUCGUGAACUUCUGGCACAGGGGACCAUGGGGGACAGCCCCGAGGAGGAGGAGGUGAUCGAGAACCCCUACCUGAGCCCCGAGGAGCGGGCGCUGUCAGGGACCCUCCCUAGGGACAGCGUGGGGGGUGAUGGUCAAGCAGAGGAGGACUCACUGCUGGGGACACUGAGGAAGGUGGUAGAGGAGGAAAAGGCCAACGUGGUGUCUGAGAGGAAUGUUCUCUUCCGAGGGAACGUCCUGAAGGGAAUGGCCCUGCUGUCCCACUUCAUGGAGCAGAGGGCAGCCACAGCUGAGGAGGCCAAACCCUACUCCCGUCUGGACAACAGCGUUCUCUACAGCCGCUUCGUCACCCCCAGUACUGUCCCUGGUGGGGACGGGGGAUGCAUGGGCUCACCCACCCAUGGAGACCACAAUGGGCUGGGCCCUGGUGGCCACCCCAGCCUUGAGAUGGCUGUGCUGGAAGCCCCAAGUCCUGGCUCCAUCUCUCCUGCCACAGAAGAGCUGGAGAACACCAUGUCCCUGUCCCUGGCUGACAUUCCGCAGGAGGAUGAGGAGGGCUUUGAGAAGAUCAACACAAGACCUGGCAAGAUCAUCCUCUUCUCCGAGGCUGGCUUCACAGGACAGAAACGGGAGAUCUGGGGUGAUGUCCCUGAUGCCACCUCCUGGGAGCUCUCACACACCAUCUCCAUCCGAGUCAUCCGAGGCGGGUGGGUGAUGUACGAGAAGCCGCGGUUCCACGGGCGGAAGUGUGUCCUGGCAGAGGGGGACGUGGAGAUCAACAACCCCUGGACGGCGUACGGGCAGAGCGGGCAGCGUGCGGGCAACCACCCCUUCCGCAUCGGCUCCUUCAAGAGGGUGGUGCGGGAUUACCGCAUCCCCCGGAUCAGUCUCUUUGCCGAGGAGAACGGUGAAGGAGCUCGGGUGGAGUUCAGUGAUUCGGCCGAGGACACCCGCACGCGGGGACAGCCGCUGGCUGCUGCCUCCAUCAUUGUCCACUCGGGCCUGUGGCUGAUGUACUCCAAGCCUUUCUUUGAUGAUGAUCCCUACGUUUUGGAGCCGGGCGGGUAUCCCAAUUUAAAGGCGUGGGGAGCCAAGGACCCAUCCAUCUGCUCCAUGCAUCCCAUCAGGCUGGGCUGCCCUGUUGUUGAGAGACCUGGUGAGCCACAGGUCCUGAUCUAUGAGGCCGCCAGUUUCCAGGGCAGCAGCUUCACCAUCAGCCGAGACAUCUAUGACCUGAAGAGCCUGCCUGGGCUAGCACUGCCCACCGUGGGCUCCCUUCGCGUCCUGGGUGGCUGCUGGGUUGGCUACGAGAAGGAGGGCUUCCGUGGUCACCAGUACCUGCUGGAGGAAGGGGAGUACCAGGACUGGAAGCAGUGGGGAGGUCACGACAAGGAGCUGCUGUCCUUACGGCUGAUACGAACGGACUUCUCCGACCCAGCACUGGUCCUUUUUGAGGCCAUGGACUUUGAGGAGGGCCCAAGUGUGGAGCUGAGCGAGGCGCUGCCUGACACACAGCUCGCCGGCUAUGGCACCGUCACCCAAUCCAUCCACGUGCUGAGUGGCGUAUGGGUGGCUUACGAGGGCACCAACUUCUCUGGGGAGCAGUACAUCCUGGAGAAGGGGGUGUACCGUAACUGUGAAGACUGGGGGGCCACGGAUUGCCGCAUUGCCUCAGCACAGCCCAUCCUGCAGGUUGGGGAACACAACCUCCAUUUCGUCUCCAAGAUCCUGCUCUUCUCAGAGUCUGACUUCUUGGGGGACCACGUUACCUUCAAGGAGGACCAGGAGACCCUGCCUGAUGCCUUCAUCCCACGCUCCUGCAGAGUCCGCGGGGGCAGCUGGAUCCUGUUUGAUGGGCAGAACUUUGCUGGGGAGCAGCACGUGCUGUCUGAGGGUGAGUACCCAACGCUCAGCGCCAUGGGCUGCCUCUCCUCCACCACCAUCUGCUCUUUGAAGAAGGUCCCAGUGUUUUUCUCAGAGCCUUCCAUCUUCCUGCACGGGUUGGAGUGUUUCGAGGGGAAGGAGAUCGAGCUGAACACCGAGGUGCGGAGUCUCCAGGCAGAGGGGUUCAACAACCACGUCCUGUCGGUGCGAGUCAAGGGUGGGAUAUGGGUGCUGUGUGAACAUGGGGACUUCCGAGGCCGCCAGUGGCUGCUGGACUGCACAGAAAUCACCAACUGGCUGACGUACAGUGGGCUCCAGCAUGUGGGGUCCCUCUACCCCAUCCGCCAAAGACGGAUCCAUUUCCGCAUCAGGAGCAGGGAGCUGCAGCUCUACCUCUUUGUCCCUGAUGAUGUGGAGGACAUGAAAGCAGGGAGGGUGGUGGUCUCCAGCCUGAGUGAGCAGAGCAGCUUCGUCUGGUACUACGAGGAUGGGAUGAUCAAAAACCAGGUGGCCCCCAACAUGAGCCUGCAGGUCAUCGGGCCAGCUGGGAAGGGAGCAAAGGCUGUGCUGUGGUCUGAGACCCGGAUGCCACGUCAGACCUGGAGCAUUGAUUCUCAGGGACGGAUCCACAGCCAGAUGUUUGAGGACAUGAUCCUUGAUAUAAAGGGUGGCCGAUCCUACGACCGGGACCACGCCAUUGUUUGGGACAUAGCUGAGGACAGACCCACACAGAUCUGGGACAUACAGGUGCUAUGA